GGGGCGGGAUACGUCGCAGGGGCGAUGAUGGUGUUGGCCACCAACCCCGUGUGGAUGAUCAAGACCAGGAUGCAGCUGCAGGACAAGAAGGCUGAGAGCGGGGGGGUUUUGCUUAGCAAAGUUGCCCCCAAGCUCCUGAGAAGGAUGCCAGUGUUUCUGUUCGUCGUGUCAUGAUGUGAUCGUGUGGUUCCUGCAAAGCGCGGUCUGCUCACCACCUGAUACCAUCCUACCUUUACGAAACGCAGAUGCGGUACGAACAAUAACGCGCGAAGAGGGGCCGCUGGCGCUUUACAAGGGAGCGGUGCCAGCGCUGAUGCUGUGCGGCCAAGGAGCGGUGCAGUUCGCUGUGUACGAGUGGUUGAAAGCGAGGGUGCCGAAGCGAAACGAAAAUGUAACUUGAUACGAUAAAUACGUUACCCAUUUUAUUGUGUUUCGCCGCGUUUUACUUUGGCGUCGAAAUGCUAUGGCUCGAAGAAAUUGAGUGCACGGUUCCUACGUGUGAGGUAGCCCUGUGCCGACUUAAUCGUUUCGCUGAAACGGUGCAUCGUGAUGCACAUGGCUCGUUGGUGGUACAUUGGCAGCGGCAAGCACGAGCGUCCCUUGCAACUGCUGUUGUCUGUCCCCUGUAAACUUCUCCGAUCGUGUUUGUCCGCAGAAUUUUUUUUUGCGAACAGAUGCCGUGCCUGCUCGUCCUCGCAAGCCAUGCAUGUCUGUGUAGCGAGGGAUGCGUGUGAGUAAUGUUUGGCAUCUGAGAGAGAUGCAUCGAAGAAACUAUAAGCACUGGAGUUUGCCCUCGCUGGCUGUCCUGUACCCCCCACUCUGCAUGUUUCUCGCUCGGCUUGCCUUUCCCCCCAGACGCCGCAGGAGUCGCUCUUGAUGGGAGGUGCGUCCAAGAUUUUGUCUACCCUUGUGACCUACCCUACCCAG